CUUAUCUCUUGCGUUACGAUUAGUCAUUCAAUCAUAUCAUUGCUACGAUUUCUGGAUCCAAAGUCGAGGAAGCCUUUUUAAUUUUCAGACAGUUUGUGAUUUUCCUUCGUGGAGAGGGAGUCGACGUCCGGUGGUUUCUCGAUAACUUUUCAUCAGUGGUGAAUUGCAGGUUUCACAAUGCAGCUCAAAGCUUCAGCCCUCCUUCUUUUCAUCUCCUUAUGUCGUUGCAGUGAGCUUAAUAGCGUAACAAAAGGAACAAGCAAUAAGGAAACAGUGGUUGACCACAAGGGAGAAUUGGCAUCGACAGAGAAACCACACAUAUCUGAGAGUUUUGUACUGCCUAAGUCACCAAAAAAGGGAGCCGUUAGUUCAGUUGACCCUAUUACAAUCGUAGUUCCUACCACUGAUUCAGCCCCAACAGCUCCCUCUUCUCCAUCAACUCCCCCAACUUCUCAUACUUCUCCCUCGUCUCCUCACACGCCUAAAACUCCCACUACCCCUGCAACGCCUGAAACUCCAACUACCCCUGUAACGCCUAAACCCCCCACUACCCCCGCAACGCCUAAAACCCCCACCGCCCCCUCUCCUACUCCCAACCCCACUGCCCCCUCAACUCCUCACACUUCACCUGCUACAACAACAGUGGCCCCAACAUCGGCACCAAUUGUUGAUGAAGUCGGAGACUGGAAAGUAAAUUACACAACCUCUUCAAUUUGUACGCGUCUGGUUGGAAGUAUCAAGUUGACUUUUGGCCUUAAAAAGCCCAAUGCAACAGAAGAGGUGGAGGUAAUAGCUGUUCCAAAGAAUGCAGUUGCCAGCGGAAAUUGCACUGUAGGCAGCUUGAACUUAACCUGGCCCUCAAAUUUAUCUGCCAAUUCAACAAAGAAAAAUGACACAGUCAUAUUCACGUUUAAGGCUGACGAGAAAGCUCAGACCUGGAAGUUAGACAGUAUUCAAGGGGAAGUCAUCACCAAGACUAAAGAAAAAAUUCAUUUCCACACAAAUGCCACUUCAGUUGUUACGACUCACAAAGGCACAUCAUAUUUCUGCUCGAAAGUCAACAGUUUCAGUUUGAAUUUCAGUCCAAAGAAUCUUACCGGCUCAAAUGUCACCUCAGCAACUCUCAACGUUGCUCAGUUGCAAGUAGAAGCUUUCAAAGCUCAGAAACCCAACAACCUCGCCUUCAGUCCUGCCACGAAUUGUGAACUCACUCCCGAUAUAGUACCAAUUGUUGUUGGAUGUGCCCUGGCUGCUUUGGUGGUUGCUGUUCUAAUUGCUUACGUGAUCGCUCAACGUAGACCAUUUGCUCAAGGCUACCGAAGUGUUUAAAAAACCAUGUUUUACAACCAAAAACGUUUUUAUGUCUGAAAUACUUGAGUCUGAUGUUAACUAUCAUCCCCGCCCCAACUCUUGAACUGUGAUAAGCACCUUUACGAUUCCUCUCUCUCGGCAUUCAAUUUUUCUAAAGCUCUCCAAAGCGGUUUUAUUUUUUAUUAGGUGUGUCAUGGUAAAAUGGCUCUUGCAAUACUCCAAGUUGCAUUAGUAUAAUCGGUUAGUCAAUCAUUGCAUUUUGCAUGAUUAUUCUGUGGUAUUCAAUAACGUACAAAACUUGAUUCAUCAAUGGAUUUCUCUCUUUUUUUACUCUCUCCAGUUCAUGAAUCUCUAGUUCUUUUCCCUUCAAUUUUUGUGUAGGAACCCCCUUUUGAAACACAAAUAAGCAAUAAUAUUCAGAUACUAUUUCAUCUUUUUUUUUGCAACUUACUCUCCUAAAUGUCUCGGUCAAGUCAGAGAUAGUUUAAUGAUUUCAAUUGAAAAAAUUAAAAUUCUAAAAAUAAAAUAUGAAGCUUUUUUUAAGGAUUGAAAAAUUUCUAGGCACAUAAUGACACUUGGAAGGGAUUGCGUAAGUUUUUCAGUGUACAAGAAUGUUGAUGAGCCUUUAUCUGAAAAAUCUCUGGAGAACUUCGUCAGAUUUAAAAAUAUGGAAAAAUUAAGGUCUCAUCAAUGAAGACAGAAUCUGUCCUUCAGAGAAUAAGAGAAAGUAAAUCUACGAUAUGAAAGUACAAAAUUUAUCAGAACUACCAGGAGAUUUUAGAAUUAAGAUACUGUUUUAAAAAAAAUUUGACCGGAAAACUUACACAAUAUCUCUGAUGUGCCGUGUUGUGCCAAGGAUGUUUUUGAAUACCUAAAAUGGGGAGAACUUGACCGAAAUAACAUUGUUGAAUUUGUGUUUAGUGUUUUGGUCUGAUUCCGAGUAAUUUUUUGUUAUUUUUUUACUUCAAAAUCCAGUUUUCCCAUCAGUGUGAUGAAAUUAAUGUGUAAAUCAUAAAAUUUGUUUUGAUCAUAAGUUCAAUGUGUUAAAUAAUGUACUUUUUCCCCCUAUACUUUACUUUAUUUUUUUAUUUUAUUACAAGUGCAUACAUAGUCUGAUAUUUCACGCAAGAUGAAAAAGAAGUGAAUGGUAAAGGGAUAGUAAUGGAAGAAAUAGGUAGGAAAUAGGAAGUGUUACCAUUGAUUGUAAGUCAAAUCUCUUUUAUAAAUUUAAGUGUUCAAGGUUGGAGUAUUUUGACAGUAUUUAUAAAGACAUCUGUUUUCAGUCUCCCGCAAGGUCUGUAAUUUUGUUUUGUAAGACUACGGUCUAAAUAUGGUUUAAAACAGCAUUCAAAUCUUCCUUGACCAUUCUUUAUUUUUCAACGUAUUUCGUCAAAUGUAGACAGUCGAAUUAAGUGUUUGUCUGGUAUCAGAUUUGCUUGGCAUCCCUUUAACUAUAAUUUUACAUAAGAUGGACGGGUGACAUUUAUUAUAUUCCCACGUGGUUAAUUAUAGCAGUAUGAGUAAUUUUUCUGGAACUAAGGUCACAUUGAUAGUAGGUCUGCAUCAUUGGCCCCUCUAAUGUAUUCAUCCAGUUAUAAUUGAACGAAGGAAAUUUUUUCAGUGAGAUUGUGAAUGGCUCUUAAGUCAAAUUAAAGCCAAAUUGUUGAUGCUGUAACGGCUAUUGUAGCAAAAAAGUGGCUCAUACAAGAAUGGAUGUCUUAAUUGCCUCGUUGGAUUUUUGCCAUUUUUGAGGCCGCGAUUCUCUUAAGCGAAAGACGCUAACUGUCCCUUCAAAGUCAAGUUGAAAGGCCGUUUAAAUUCAAAAGUAUGAAAAGGGUACCUUACCUUUGAACCGAAUGAGUCUCUCCAUCGAUCUACACCAUUCAAUGCCUUUCAAAUCUCUAAUGACUGAAGAGUCAAACGGUUUUGACACUCUCAGUAAUAAACUUUUGAAUUUUAAGAAAGGGAAGCUAUUCUCAAUUUGGAGUUCAGAGGAUUAGUUUCUCUCAAAAAGCAGAACAACAGGCCCCAAAACUGACAAAGAAUCAAUGUAGGAAAUAAAGUCGUCCCAUGAAAUUCUUUCGACUUCACAAUUGUAAAUCGUACUAAAGACAUUAUAUUGUCCAUCAGUGCCUUUAUUUGUCUUGUUAGACCAGUUUUUACUCUAAGGCAUUAAUUUUUCGAUAUUUACCCCUCUUUAAUCAUAUUUUGCUUCCUUCUUUUUUACAGUUUUUUUUUCUCUCCCUUUAUAUUUCUAUCGCAGGUACUCUUUUAAAUGUUAAGUUUUACCAUCAAUUAUUUUUUGAAAACUAAGAAUAAUUUGUCUUCGUCCAAAAUUUCUAAAACAAGAAUAGACUCAUGUCUUCAUUUGAACGGAAGGAUUGAAGUAAAGAAGAUACCUGCUUUCUAUAGUUGAAAUUAUUUUGAUUGAUCGUAUUUUAUCAUUUUAUAUGUGCCCAUGUAUGUUAUCCUUAGUAUUAGUGUCCUCAAAUUUUUUCAACCACUGUUUCCCCUUUCAUGUUUGAAUUAAGACAAUUAUCAAGAAUAUUUUGUGAUAUUAUACCUAAAAAUCAAUUAAACAAUAAAUCUAUCUAGUUAUUAUUUCA